AUGCGGCGCCGGCAUCAGCGGUCGCCCCAGAACCACGCCCUCGUCGCGAGCGUCGCGGGCGUGAUUCUGUUGUGCGGCGUCGUGAGCGUGCAGACGACGCAGGCGUCGCAGGCGUUCAGCCACGAGCAGGGCAUGGCGCGCAUGGCGGCGCCGCAAGGAAGCGACGCCGGCGCGACGACGGCGGGCGACGCGACGUGGUGGUCCUUCUGGCGCGCGGUGCGGACGCUGCCGCACGCAUACGACGCGGCGACGGCGACGGUCCUGGGCGCGGGCGACCGCGGCCACGCGUCGCUCGACAGGGCGCUCGCCGAGAAAAGAGCGGAGAUCGAGCGGCUCCGGGCCCAGACGGCGUCCCUCAAGGCCGAGCAGGCGCGCAUCCUCGAAGGCGCGAAGGCGCGCGCCGCGGCAGCGCCCGCGGCGGCACCGGCGGCGCCCGCCGCCCCGGCGGCGCCCGCGGCGCCAGCGCGGCCGCCCGCGCCAGCGCGGCCGCCCGCGGCGCCGGCGGGCCUGCCGGCGGAGGAGCUCCCCGCGGCCGCCCCAGCCGCGCCGCGGCGGCAGGCGGCCCCGCCCGCCGCCGCGGCCCCGCCGCCCGCGGAGCGCGAGCUCCGCGGCGUCGCCAAGCGGCGCCACGCGCGGCUGCGGAACGCGGCGGCCGGCUGCUUUCUUGUUGUAAGAGCCAAGGACGGCAACAAGGGCGACGCCGAGGGCGACGAGUCGACGUGGCUGCGGUGCGACUCCGUCCAGGCCGACGGCGUCGAGGCGGUCUUCGAGGUGACGCAAGGUAACACACCGGACACGAUUCGAUUCAAGAGCAUGGCCAACGCGUUAUUUGUGGAGAUGGUGCCUCCCACAAGAAGACUGGGCUGGGUCGUGAGAGCUGUCGUGGCGGACCCGUCAACUCGAAACGUGCCCACGGCGGACUUUCGGCGAGAGGGCAACGCGUUCAAGGCUAUUGCAAGUGGCGGCGCCAUCACGGUCAUCGUCGACGGUAGUCUGAGGGACUCGAAUCCGGUGCGGGGCCACGGCAACAAGCCCCACAACAAGCAGGGUGGGUCUGCUGGAGAUCGGUACGCGCAGUUUCAGGUGGAUUAUCUAGAUGAAGACGCGUUACGGAAAGCGCAGACCACCCAAGCGAGGGUAGAAAGGGAGCAGACCGAGCUCAUGACGGCGCCCGCCGACGUGAAAUGCGAGGGCAAGUGCGUCGUGAGCUACGGCUUGUAUGGAUCAGAUCCAAAAUACACGCAGGGCGCGGUCCGGAACUCGGAGUUGAUCCACAAGGUCUUCCCGGGCUGGACGGCGCGGUUCUAUCAUCGCGAGGACGUGCCCGAGGAUAUUUUGAAUCAAUUGAGAAAUAAUGGUGCCGAGUUGGUCCUGAUGUCGCGGGGCUCGCGGACGACGAGCGGCGCGAUCGCGGGCAUGUUCUGGCGGUUUCUGGUCGCCGAUGAUCAGGAAGUGGAGCGGUUCAUCGUGCGCGACUCCGAUUCAAGAUUGAAUGCGAGAGAGGCGCACGCCGUCGCCGAGUGGAUGAAAUCGGGAAAGAAGGUGCACACGAUCCGCGACCACCCGAACCAUGAUAGACCCUUGAAUGGCGGAUUGUGGGGCGGUGUGCGCGGGUGCGUCCCCGGGGGCCUCGCCGAGGAGGUCCGCAAAUUCAGCAACAAGCAGGGCUACGGCGGCGAUUUACAAUUUCUGAACGAGGUCGUCUGGCCGCGCGUGAAGCACGACCAGAUGGCCCACGACGCCUACACGUGCCGCAAGUACCCCAACUCUCGUCCGUUUCCGACGAAGCGCCCGGACAACUACCAGCACGUCGGCCAGGUCUUCGACGCGCGCGACCGGUCCCGUCAAAGGGAUAUAAACGGCUAUAUGCGGGGCCGCAAGGUGCCGAGGCAGUGCCGCGCGCGCGAGGAGUGGUGGUACGGGUAAGACGUUUUUUUGCUCA